GUGCCGGAAAAGUCAUCAGCUUGCUAUGGCGCGGCCGCGCCACGCGUUCAAGGUGCUGUGCCCGGAGCCCUUGGCCAGCGGCGUCUUGGGCGCCAAGGGCAGCAACAAGGACCGCAUCCAGGAUGAGUGCCACUGCCGGAUCGUGAUGAGCAACAGGGACGAGUUUUACCCCGGAACCCGCUUGAGACUGGUCGUGGUGCAGUCGGACGAGCAAGACGCGGUGCUGAAAGCCCUGGACAGGAUCUUGGACCUGUUGGCCGAGUGCGCCGAAACCGAGCGCAGCAACCCCAACGGCCGCUCGGCAGUGCAGGGCGAGGCAGACUUCCUGGGCAAGGAGCCCGAGGAGCUCGUGCUGCGCGCCGCUGUGCCGAUCCGUGUGGGCUCUGCCAUCAUUGGGCCCAAGGGCUCUAAUGUGAAGCAGCUGCAGGAGGAUUGCAACGCCAAAGUGACCAUCGACCCGAACCACAGGACCGGGCACCAGUCCUGCCGCCUGGCCGCGAACUUCGACGGCCUGAGGAUGGCUUUGGCGCGCAUCAGCGACUGCCUGGCAGACGAGUGCAUCGCCAGGCCGCAAGACUUCGAGGCCUGGGCGUCCGUGAGAAGUUUCGAUCGGGCAGAGGAUGGCCACGGGAAAGGCCGAAAGCGGAGUCGGAGCCCCCGUGGUGCACGCCAGUCGCGGCUGUCGCCACCGCCUUACCGCGGAAAGCCGCGCGGCGGUCUCGAGGUGCUGGGGGAGGCCCUGGGGGAGCUGCGGAGCGAGGCCCUGGACUUCGAGUACGAAGUCACCUGCCAGCUGCCGCCGGAGAAGGUCAGCGCAAUGAUAGGUCCAGGAGGACACAUCAUCAAGAGCGUGCGACACACCACCGGCACCAGCAUCCACUUUGAUGAGGUGCACCACGGGGCGAGGGAGCAGACCUUGCACAUCAAAGGCCCGCUCUUGGGUGUGUACAGGGCCCACGUGCUCCUGAUGCGGAGGUAUCACGAGCACGAGGCGGAGCUGCAGUUCGGGCCCAGCGUUGCGCCAAAGGGAGGAAAGGGCGAGCGGAAGGGCGAGAAGGGCAAGCGGGAGGAGAAGGGCAAGGGCUUCCGACGCGAGAGCCGUGGCAAAGGUUCCGGCGAGCUCUCGCGGCAACGGGAAUCCCGAGAAGAGCUCCAGGGCAUGCUGGCGAACCUGGAGCGGCAGCUCAACGAGGUGAAAGGCAAGCUGGCACGCUGAGGCUUGCGGCUCCUUGAGUUGUGUCCGGGCCACAAAUUUGCAGAAAUCCGACCA